AUGGUCCAGGUCCCCAUGGCCACCGCGGCCGCGAGCUCCACCACCGUGCGAGCCUCGCCCGCUCGUGGCUCCCACUCCAACACCAACACCGGUCGAGGCAAGUCGGGCGCCCCUACCAAUGCGAACAAUCCUGCCGCCGCGCCGCUCCCCCUCAGUGCCAUGCACUCGGCGCCCCUCGACAUGACCAGUGUCGAGCGGAGGGGGCAGGCCACCGCCAGCCGCGAGACCAGCAAGCGGAUCCGCCCUCACGGCUUGCAAGAGGCCCCGACCUACCGACCGACCGAGGAGGAAUUUAAGGACCCCUUCGAGUACAUGAAGAAGAUUGCCCCCGAGGCCUCGCAAUACGGCAUCUGCAAGAUCAUCCCCCCGGAGUCGUGGAAGCCCGACUUUGCGAUAGACACUGAGCGCUUCCAUUUUCGAACCCGGAAACAGGAGCUGAAUUCGGUUGAAGGGAGCACUCGUGCAAAUCUGACCUACCUCGACCAACUCGCCAAGUUCCACAAGCAGCAUGGGACCAAUCUCAAUCGCUUCCCGAGUGUCGACAAGCGGCCUCUCGAUCUCUACAAACUGAAGAAGGCCGUCGAGACCCGAGGAGGCUUCGAGAAGGUCUGCAAGCUCAAGAAAUGGGCCGAGAUUGGUCGUGAUUUAGGCUACAGUGGGAAGAUUAUGUCCUCGUUAUCCACAUCACUGAAGAACUCUUACCAGCGCUGGCUGUUCCCCUAUGAGGAGUAUCUACGAUUGGCAAAGCCCGGCGUCCAUCAACAGUUAGAAUAUGAAUAUGGCGGACCGCUCACCCCCUCACCCGCGAACUCGCCCUUGAAGAGGUCGCAUCAGCAUACCCCGUCCAGCCUACGCGGCGAAUCGCCGGCCAUCCGGGCCACCGAUGCACUCAACGCAUCCAUGAAAGAUGAGUUCGAGAAGAACAUGAAGAACAUCCCCAUGCUCGAUACUCCGACGCCUCAGCCGCCCCAACCGGUGACGUCGGGAUUUACCCCCGUCAACGCAGGUGGCUUCACACCCGUCAACUCGGCGCCGGCGACCUUCACCCCGGUCAGUUCGAAUCGACGUGAGCGGGAGGAGAAUGGAUACACUCCUCCCCCCCGACGGCCCUUCGACAGCCCUCGGUCCGCCAAAGUUACCCCCGAGUACAAGCCCUCCGCUCUGAGCUCCGCCCCUGUAAUUAAUGGCUUCACCUCGAAUCCGAUGUUGAAGCGACAAUUAAGCCACGACAGUAUCGAUUCACGAAAAACAAGCCAGCCUCCUCCGGAUGAGAAUGAGAAUGGAGGACGGCGUAGCAAGCGUCUGAAGAAAGAUGCCGUGCCGACCGUCGCUGGUUCGCAUAUGACCUUGUUCCGACCGACACCACCACGGAUUCCAGGAGAGCGCGGUUCGUCGACUCCGGGCGAGAAGUGUGAACAUUGCGGGAAGAGCGACGAUCGAGGCAAUAUUCUGAUCUGCGAGUCUUGCGACCAUGGCUAUCAUAUGUACUGCCUUGACCCUCGCGUCACCCACAAGCCCGACUAUGACUGGCACUGCCCCCGGUGUCUCGUUGGCGACGGUCAGUUUGGCUUCGAGGAGGGCGGCAUCUACUCGCUCAAACAGUUCCAAGAGAAGGCCGCCGACUUCAAGGAGGGCUACUUUCAAAACAAGAUGCCUUUCGAUCCCGUCCUCAACUGCCCGCGCCCGGUCACGGAAGAUGACAUCGAGAGAGAGUUCUGGCGCCUGGUCGCAAGCCUGGAAGAGACCGUCGAGGUUGAGUAUGGCGCCGACAUUCAUUCCACUACCCACGGCAGUGGCUUCCCCACGAUCGAGAAGAACCCCCAAGAUCCUUACUCGACCGAUCCGUGGAACCUGAACAUCAUGCCCUACCACCCAUCCUCCCUCUUCCGACACAUCAAGUCUGACAUCUCCGGCAUGACCGUCCCCUGGCUCUACGUGGGUAUGAUCUUCUCGACCUUCUGCUGGCACAACGAGGAUCACUAUGCGUACUCCGCAAAUUACCAGCACUUCGGAUCCACGAAGACAUGGUAUGGCAUCCCCGGCGCUGAUACCGAGAAGUUCGAAGCCGCCAUGCGGGAAGCCGUGCCGGAGUUGUUCGAGACUCAACCCGACCUUCUCUUCCAACUCGUCACGCUGUUGACCCCUGAACAGCUGAAGAAGGCAGGGGUCAGAGUCUACGCCCUGGAUCAGAGAGCGGGCCAGUUUGUCAUCACCUUCCCUAAAGCAUAUCAUGCCGGUUUCAAUCACGGCUUCAAUUUCAACGAGGCUGUGAAUUUCGCACCCACCGACUGGGAACCGUUUGGUGAUGCCGGAGUCGAGCGGCUGCAGCAAUUCCGGCGGCAGCCAUGCUUCUCCCACGACGAGCUGUUGUGGACUGCGGCCGAGGGCUCCGCGACUAAUGGGGUCACGAUACAAACCGCAAAGUGGCUGGCUCCGGCCCUCGAGCGCCUACGGGAUCGUGCAGCGGCACAGCGCCAGUUCUUCUUGGAGAAGCACAAGACUCACGAAGGCGCAUGCGUCAUUACCGAUGUGAUCGAAGGCGCCGGUCCCCGAUGCCACAUCGGUUUUACCAUUGACGAGGAAGACGUGCCCGAGGAAGAGUAUCAGUGCGCGUACUGCAAAGCCUAUGCCUAUAUCUCGAGAUUUAAAUGCAACAAGAGCGGCAAGGUGAUGUGUCUCUAUCAUGCGGGUAAUUACGAAUGCUGCGACAUGCCCGAAGAGCAACGGUAUGCCGGCAAGAACCACACCAUGCAUUACCGUCGCACGGCCGAGGCCAUCGAGGCGAUGUAUCAAAAAGUAGCCGAUAAGGCACGAUUACCCGAACUGUGGGAAGAAAAGGUAGAGAAGACGCUCGAAGAAGACCCCACCCCGUCGCUGAAAACAUUAAGAGCCCUACUCAACGAAGGCGAGCGGAUCCCCUACGAACUGAAGUCGCUCCCCACCCUCCGGACCUUUGUCGAUCGGUGUAACGAGUGGGUCGAAGAAGCCACCAAUUACAUCGUUCGAAAGCAGCAGAACCGUCGAAAGAAUGAGAAGGCGUGGCGGAAAGGAAGCAAAGCGGCCGAGCUCGAAGAACGAGAUCGCGAACUCCGAAAGGUCGAGAACGUCGUGAAACUUUUGAAGGAAGCUGACAGGAUCGGAUUUGACUGCCCGGAGAUCACCCAGCUUCGCGAGCGGGCUGAAGCGAUCAACAACUUCCAGCGCGAGGCACGCCUCGCCAUCUCCAAUGUUGUCCUGCGCCAGACACGGGAGUUUGAGGACCUGCUUGAGACGGGCCGAGGAUUUAAUGUCGAUAUGCCCGAGAUCGAGAAACUUGACAAGAUCGUGCAGCAGAUGAAAUGGAACGAUCGUGCCCGAGACAACCGAGGACAGUUCCUCAGCUUGAAGGAUGUGAGUGACAUGAUCGAGGAGGGCAUCAAACUGGAGAUCCCUGAAUACAACGAUUAUCUCAACCAUUACAAAGAGCAGAAGGCUGCGGGCAUGGCGUGGGAGGCGAAAGCCAAGGAGCUCAUCAAUGCUGAGGUCGUUCACUAUCCACAGCUCGAGGCUUUAUCCAAUCAAGCGCAGGCUGCGGCUCUCCCCGUAUCCUCAGAGACCCUUGCCGCGGUGGACCAGAUCUUGAACAAGCAACGAGAGGCACACCGACAGAUCAUCUCCUUGUGUGAACGCAGUAAGGAUCCAGAUUUUACCAAGCGACCCAAGUAUUCGGAAGUUCGCGAGACAAUGGAGCGUCUCACAGAACUGAACAGCAAGCCCAAUGGCACGCUUGAUCUCGAGAAGGAGCAAAAGCGACACGAAGACUGGAUGCGGAAGGGCAAGAAGUUGUUCGGUAAAGCAAAUGCCCCGCUGCAUAUCCUCAAAUCACAUAUGGAGUACGUGCUCGAGCGAAACUUGGAUUGUUUCGAUAUCAAUGCCGAUAAGCCAAGAUUGCCUGCGGAGCCUGCGUCACGAGAGCCGAGUCCAUCCGAUGCAAAACUCCACAGCUGGGAGGACCCUCGGUUCAGGGAAGUCUUCUGCAUCUGUCGACGUAUCGAAGCUGGAAUGAUGAUCGAGUGCGAGCUUUGUCAUGAAUGGUACCACGGGAAAUGUCUAAAGAUCGCUCGAGGUAAGGUUAAGGAAGAUGAGAAGUAUACCUGCCCCAUCUGCGAUUGGCGAGUGCGCAUCCCUCGAGACGCCGCUCGACCAAAAUUAGAAGAUCUGCAAGCCUGGCAAGAUGAGAUUCCUAAUCUUCCCUUCCAACCUGACGAAGAACAAAUUCUGGAGAAGAUCAUCAACAACGCUCAAGAGUUCCGGCAACACGUCGCUCCCUUCUGCAAUCCCGUCAUGGCUACCGCGGAUGAGGCCGAGACACAACGCUUCUACCUGAGGAAGAUUGAAGGCGCAGAAAUCCUCCUCGCGUACGAGACCAACUUCUUCCGCCAAGAGCUCCACAAGUGGUCACCUGUUGCACCGGACCCGCCGCCAGUUUUGGAGUCCUCAAAGAGUACGAGGAAGCCAAGGCCAACAAAGCUCCAAAAACUGAUGGCCCAACACGGUGUCGACGAUCCAGAGGCCCUCCCUCAGAACUUGAGAACCAAACCCCAUACGUUCAAGCGGAAAUCCAGCGAACCUCAAGCUGCGCGUCCUCAACCUCUCCAACCUGCCCCUGGACGUUCGGACUCCGGAACCCCGACUUCGCACACCUUCCCUGUGUCUUCAGCCAUGGGCCACCACGGCCUCCAGGGUCCCAUCCUCAGCGGCUUACACGAUGGCUCCGGCCACGCUCACCCCACGCACUAUGGAGGAUUUGCUGGUGUCCAAGAUGGCCACUUCAACAUCAACCCGCGCGAGAGCUCCCGCGAAGCUUUCACACCGCACGCCUUCCUCAACUCCGACAGUCUCCAAGGCCCUGGUUUCGGUGGCGUAAGUCCACGGCAAUCAGCUAUGUUCAACGACCGCGGUUUUGGGGCAAUCGAUGGGGUGGCGACGCUGGGUGGGGUAGGAAGUCCCAUCAGAGAUAGUUUUGGAGGACUCGGCAGUUCUCAGGGGUUGGGUGGAAGCACUCCCGCGGGAGGUCAAGACCUGAAGCAGAUGUUUAACGAUCUGACGAACCAGGCCGAUGAGGAUGAUUCGCAGCCUAGCAAAGGGAAGGGCGAGAAUGGGGAAAAGGAACGAGAGCGGGAUGGGGAGACAAAGUGGGAAGAGGGCGAGGAUAUGGAAUUAUUCUUCGACGGUCCCUGA